AAGUUGUACUUGAAGAAACUGUAUCUAAAGAAAUUGUACCUGAAGAAGCUACAUCUGAAGAAAUUGCAACUAAUGAAUUUGCCUAUCAAUCCAUAUCUGAUCAACCCACACUUGAAAAGUAUGAUAAUAGUGAAGAAUAA